AUGCUUGUUAUGUUUUGUUUUACGCACACCUCUCAUGGACUGAUUAUGAAAGAAUCAGCUGGUAUCAUGAAUGGUUUCACGACGCUAACUAACACCAAGAAGAACUCUUAUGGUCAAGCCUUCAACGACAAACCAUUCCCUUUCAAGAGUUCUGCAAACGGUACACUGACUUCUUUCUCUUUCACCUUCUUCUUUGCUAUCGUCCCUGAGCAUUAUAACCAAGGAUCUCACGGUAUGGCCUUUGUGAUCUCUCCCACGAAAGGCAUUCCCGGUGCAUCUGCUGAUCAGUACCUUGGUAUCUUCAACGACAGAAACAACGGAGAUAGCUCUAACCACAUCAUUGCUGUUGAGCUCGAUAUACAUAAAGAUGAUGAGUUUGGUGACAUUGAUGAUAACCAUGUUGGUAUCAACAUAAAUGGCAUGAGGUCUAUCGUAUCUGCUCCUGCUGGUUAUUAUGAUCAAAACGGCUCCACUGGAUCACUUGGAGCAAUACAUUACAUGCUGGUGUGGUAUGCAUAUACCUUCAUCAUUGUUCCGCAGCUGGAUUUUGAAAUACCGACCUUUCCUCCAUAUCCCAAGGUAGAGUCUAAGGUAAAACUGAUUGUUUUAGCAACUUCAUUGACUUUGGCUCUCUUUGUUGCGUUUGCUGCAUCAGCUGUAAGUCUUUUCUUGUAUAAGAAGCAUAAGAAGGUCUUGGAGGUUUUAGAGGAAUGGGAAAUAGAAUGUGGGCCUCAUAGGUUUGGUUACAGUGAACUAUAUAAAGCCACAAAUGGUUUCAAGGAACUUUUAGGUGAAGGAGGGUUUGGUAAGGUCUUUAAAGACACACUUCCAGAGUCAGAACAGGCCGUUCUUCUGGAGUGGGUGGUUACUUGUUGGAAAAAAGAGGACAUUAUAGAGGCGGUUUGUGAAAGAAUCAAACAAGAUCAUGACAAGGGACAGCUAGAACUACUUCUCAAGCUAGGUGUGUUGUGUUCACACCAGGCUGAAGAGGUUAGGCCCAAUAUGUCUACGGUGGUUAAGAUACUUGAAGGAGUUUCUGAGCUUCCUGAUAAUGUGCUUGAUAUUGUUAGAACUGAGAAGAAGGGAAAAUGGUACGAGAAGUAUAGCGAGGUGCUUGAUUCGGUGACGAAUGUAGAACCAACAAUUUACUUGGACGCUACGGAACCGAUAGCCUCCUUGGAGCGGACAAGGUUGCUUCUCUAG